AUGUGCCAAAUAAAUUUAGCUAAUGGUUGUUUUGGACAAUUUGGUAUAAUUGACAAGGACAAAUUCAUAGACUACAAAACCCUACAAAAUCAAGUGUUAAGGCAAAAAAAGAAUUGGCAAGCAAUGGAAUUAGUGGCUUUUGAUUUUCCUCAUAAUACCCAAAAUGUGACUGAUGAGAAAAACUUACACAUCAAACUCCAAGAAGCAUAUUUUGCUAAUAAGCCAGUUUAUAAUAAUUGGAAAGAAUUGAAAUCAAGUUGUUCUACAGAAUAUGAACAAUUGUUAAUUUUAUCUGGUGUUCAACAUGAGUUAUCAUAUUUUUUACUUUUAGAAGAAGCUUUUUUUUUAUGUUACACAUUAGAAUGUUUAGAAGUGCGAAAUGAAAAUGGUUCGCUUAUAAGUGUAAAUGAUUGUUGGAACCAAUUUAAUAGUUUAAAGAAAAAUUUUCCAUAUUUUUAUGCAGCUUUUCAUUAUUAUAGAUCAAAAGGAUGGGUUGUCAAACCUGGACAACAGUAUGGUGGAGAUUACGUCCUGUACAAAUCAUCACCAAUUUAUUAUCAUUCCUCAUAUGUAGUCGUGAUCAGUGUUAAUGGCCAAAAUAGUGAAUUGUUACCAUCGUGGCCCUCAUGGUAUGGAUGUGGUCGAGCAAUAGAAGCUGCCAGUAAAGAAUUACUUAUAUGCACAGUUCUUGGUCCUGCAUAUGAAGAAGGUAUGCAGAUCGAUCUGUCACAAUACACUGUCAAUGACACUAUAGUCAGACGAUGGGUACCAUCUCAAAAUAGAAAAAAACCUAAUGUUGUUAAUACGAGUAAACCGUACACAAACAAUUAGUAUAUUGUAUGACUAAUAACAAAAUUAUACAGAUUAAAUGACUAUUUAGGUCAGUUCUUUUUUA